UUAAAGCCACAAGAAAGUCCAAUAUAUCAAUAAAAUCUCAUUCCCAUCUCUUCCCCGCUAUCCAAAAAAAAACCUAUUUGGGCCAUUCUUAAUGCCGUCGCCACUUAUCUGUGUGUGUAUAAAUUGUAAUUUGCUUUAUAUUUAAUUGUUUUUCUAUUAAAUUUGCCCAAUGAUGGAAAAAAUUAAUGCAUUGAUGCGGCACGGUGGUGUUUGAUUCAUCGUGGGCCUUUGCGCAUCACCGGAAUAAUCAGCUGCCUCCACCACCACCACCACCUCCUCCUCCUCCUAUACUUUUUACUAUUGAUAGAUAGAUAGAUGCACACACAUACACUUGGUCGCUUGAUUGUGAUGGUGGUGUGUAAGAGGCCUCUGAUGGAUCCGCAUCGGAUUAGCCGUCUGGGAUUCUAGAAGCUAUGAGAUCUGAGGGAGGGCUCUAAUUUUUUAAUUAAGGAAAUUUUUUUAUUUACUUGUAAUAUUAUUUUAACGAGAAUGUGUGGUUAAAUAGAAGAGCGAGAAAAAUGUAUUUUGAAAGAAACGAGAAUCAAAUGAGUAUUUUUAUUUCUCCUAAAAUACUUGCUUUGAGUUAUUUCUAGGAAAGUAACUUACAAGUAUGAACGCUACAAACAAUUCAAUGAUUUGUAGGGUGUGCUGGAAUUUUUAUUUUUUGUUAUUCUUUUGUCCUUGUAAAUGAAAAUCCAUCUACUGGGAAGGUGAUUUUCUGCAUUUACAAUCCAUUGGAAGUUGUUAUUGGGAAUUGUUCAAGCUAUGUUUAAACAUUUGAAUAUUACUUUCAAUAUAUAUGAUAGGCUACUUAAAUCUCUUUAGGCACUUUAUUUGGUUCAUUGCUGGCUGUAUUGAAAUAUUAAUGCUUUCGUAGCAAGUUGAUCAAUUGCCUUGAAACAUUACAUUGUAAAUAACUGCCUUCUGCUGAGAUUAAUUAACUUGAUACUAAUCAUGGGAGCUGGUAGCAAUAAAGCCAAGUACAUGAUCUCCUAAGAGUAAAUGACGUUGCUACUUUCUCAGUAAUGGUAAGAAUCAAUUCCAUGUUUUUACUAAUGUAUAUUUGGAUUUUAAGCAAUAGUGAAAGAUAGACAUUAUGUGCUAAUUACCCUAAAUAUCAACAUUGAAGUUUCAAUAAUCUAUAGUCUAGGGACUAUACGAGUCAAAGUAAACAACAGUAUUUUAAGAUUGUUCAAACGGUGGGGCUGGUGGUGUGCUAGUAGAGAAUUGAUGCAAUGAUUUUACUUACUAAAGAAAGACUAAUGUCUAGGAAGGUUGUUUCUUUGCAUUCCGAUCCCCUAUACUUAAAUCUGAAGAGACAAACUGGAGUAAAAAUAGAGACCAACAAUGAAAAUAUCUAUUGAAGAUGUAUCCUUUCUUCUUGUCCUAGCAUCCUUACUGUCCACCCUGAAGAUUUCCUCCGCAAUUGAUACCAUCAAUACAACUCAGAUCCUCAGAGAUGGCGAAUCCCUGGUUUCAUCAGGUGGAGUCUUUGCACUGGGAUUUUUUAGACCAGUAAACUCCACUAAUCGGUAUGUGGGAAUAUGGUACAACAAUAUACCAGGUAAAAGUGUUGUUUGGGUAGCCAACAGAGAAAUUCCGCUAACAAGUAUAUCAGGCAUCCUGAAGAUUAUAGAGCCAGGCAUCUUGGUUCUCCAGAAUGACACUAACAACAUCAUUUGGUCUUCGAAAAUGACAAGAGUUGCUCAAUCUCCAAUUGUGCAGUUGUUGGACUCCGGAAAUCUAGUCCUCAGAGAAGCAAAUGACGAUGAUCCAGAGAAUUUUCUUCGGCAGAGUUUCGAUUAUUUAAGUGAUACAUUUCUACCAAGCAUGAAUUUUGGCUGGAACUAUGCAACAGGUAUCGAGAGCUACCUGUCAUCGUGGAAGAGCAAUGAGGACCCAGCUCCAGGAGAUUUUACACUUCACUUAGAUCCAACUGGAUAUCCACAAUUAUUGAUAAAAAGAGGUAAUUUUACUAUAUAUAGAAUGGGAAAUUGGAACGGUGUGCGAUUUAGUGGAGAAACAGAUGUGAGAGGUAAAAGAUCCUUGUAUGGAUUAGUAAUAAUGAACAAGAACAAGACAUACUAUAGGGAAGACAUUGUUGACCGAUCAGCUAAGUCGAGAAUUACGUUUAGUCAGAAUGGUGUUUGGCAACGCUGGAGCUGGAUUGAUGGAACCCAGGAAUGGGUCAUUUCCCAGGUUUUACCAUCUGAAAACUGUGAUAUUUACAGCACCUGUGGUGCUUAUAGUAGUUGCAAUAUAACAAAAACUCCUAUAUGUACAUGUCUCAGUAAUUUUGUGCCAAAAGACCUAGAUGGUUGGAAUAGAAAUGAUUGGUCAAAUGGGUGUGUUCGAAAGACCCACUUGAAUUGCAAGGGUGAUGUAUUUUUGAGGUAUUCUAGAAUUAAAUUGCCAGACUCACGAUAUUCCUUGUUUAAGGAGAGCAUGACACUUGAGGAAUGUGAAGUGGAGUGUUUAAAGAAUUGCUGUUGUAUUGCAUACACGCAAUUAGCUAUUAGCAGCGAGAGAGGUGGGUGCUUGUUUUGGUAUGGUGACUUGAGAGACAUCAGAGAAAUACCUUUUGAUGGACAAGAUAUUCACAUUAGAAUGGUUCCUUCCGAGUUGGGUAAGAAUAUUAACAAACUUGCUGUAGAUUCAGAAGGAAAGAGAAGAAAACUAUUGAUAUUGAGUUUGACAUCAUUGAUGGGAGUUGUUCUGCUAGGCAUGAGCUUGAUGCUAUACUUUUGGAAGAGGGAGAAGAAUGUUCCAAAGGGGAGAACAGGAGGAAGUAUUAUCAAAGAUUUUGAGCUGCCAUUGUUCGAUUUAUCUACAAUUUCAAAGGCCAUCAAUAACUUCUCAAUCAACAACAAGCUUGGACAAGUGGAUAUGGGCUUGUUUAUAAGGGAAAAAUGUGCACAAUCUAUACUGGGACAGUUCCUUUACAAAAUUAGAGCAGAGGAUGAAUAAAUGCUAAAAAUUGUAAAAUCCUGAUAACUUUAAAUACUUGCAUCACUUAAAAAAAUCCUCGUGUUUUUCAACCAUUGAUCAUUUUUUUUUCCUGAAAUAAUCCGUAACAUUUUCCUUCAUCAUAAUAUUCAAAUAUUUGCUUCUCUUGCUAUAAGAGAUGUUCUCCUCAAAUUCAAUUCACACGAUAUCAAUGUUAUCCGAGUAGGCGUUUUAUCAGAGAGUGAAAGAUUAAUAUCAGCUUUGUACAUACAUCUGUACCAAUGUUCAAGUCCUUCUCUUGUAUAGCCUAAGAGACAUGUUAAACUAGAGUAAAACAUGAAUUCAGCUGACAAAAAUCCUGCGCUACGUAAAGUUUCAUUGAAGUGAAUACCUUUUCAAAUGCACAAUUUAUGGUCUUAGGGAACACUGGAAGACGGACAAGACAUUGCUGUGAAAAGGUUGUCAGAAACUUCCAUGCAAGGACUUGAUGAAUUCAAGAAUGAAGUGAUAUGUAUUGCCAAACUUCAGCAUUGAAAUCUCGUGAAGCUUCUUGGAUGCUGCAUUCAAGGAGAGGAAAAGAUGUUGGUUUAUGAAUACAUGCCAAAUAAAAGCCUGGACUUCAUUCUAUUUGGCGAGGAUAUCUUACAAUAGUACAGUUACCUUCAUAUUUAAAUUUUAUUACCGAUAUAUAAUGCCAAUAAAGAUUUAACCAGUAGCUUGAAUAUGAAGAGAUCUGAAGAUCGAUGCUUAAAUUCUCUGAUUUAAUCGUAUAAAUACAGAAAUUUUUUUACUCA